AUGACCAAGAAGAAGAAAGCGACUCAGUUGGACGCCUGGUGCUGGUAUUGCGACCGUGAGUUUGAAGAUGAAAAGGUGUUGAUUGAGCACCAGAAAGCUAAGCACUUCAAGUGCUCCUUUUGUCCACGUCGCCUAAACACGGCAGGUGGACUGGCCGUGCACCUAGGCCAAGUGCACAAGGCCCAACCCGACAAGUAA